GUAGAGUUGUGGCUAGCCCCGGAGCUGGCGGGGCGGUAAGUCGGCGCCGGUGAGGCCAGCAGGGCCGCCGCGUCUGCGGAGCCCGAGCCCUUCUCGGCUGGUUCCCUCGGCGCUGCAGUCCUCCCCUCCCCGCCGCGGGGCGCUGGGUCUGGAGAGCUGGCGUGGGAUCCGGGCCGCCACCUCUGGUCUGCCUUUGAGUUCCCAGCUGGGCAAGGGGUCGAGCCACCAGCUUUUUUCAGUGAUGGAGUACCCAGUGAUGGAAGUUAACUCUGUUACCUCAGGAAUUAAGAGACGAGUGAAAGACAGAAUUGGGAAGACAAAGUUGAAUGUUUCUCUUGCUUCAAAAAUCAAAACAAAAAUAUUAAACAAUUCUUCUAUUUUCAAGAUCUCACUAAAGCAUAACAACAGAGCAUUAGCUCAGGCUCUAAGUCGAGAGAAAGAGAAUUCUCGAAGAAUUACUACCGAAAAGAUGCUAUUACAAAAAGAAGUAGAGAAACUGAAUUUUGAGAAUACCUUUCUUCGCCUAAAGCUAAAUAACUUGAAUAAGAAGCUUAUAGAAAUAGAAUCACUUGUGAACAAUAAUUUGAUAACUGCAAUUGAAAUGAGCAGUCUUUCUGAGUUCCAUCAAAGUUCUUUUCUCCUGUCAGCUAACAAGAAGAAAAGGAUCAGUAAGCAAUGCAAGUCUGUGCAUCUUCCAUUUGCAAGGGUUCCAUUAACUUCAGAAAAUGAUGAUGAUGAUGAUGAUGAUGAUGGUGGUGGUGGUAGUGAUGGUGGUGGUGGUGGUGAUGGUGAUAAAUGGAAAACAGAGUGUAACAACAGAAUUACAUCAAAGACAUCAGCUGAUACCACCUCUUCGGAAUCAAGACAAUCCUUGUCCUUACAUCAGUGUGAUUUGGAAUUAUUACUUCCUAAGAAAGAGAACCAGAAUAUAUGUGGCUCAAGUUAUUCAGAACAUACUUCUAGUGUUGAUGUACUUCCUAAAGAAAGCUGUGAUGACUCAGAUCAAAGUCCUAAGAGUUCUCUGAGUGAGAUGAAAACUGCCCCAUCUCCCAGCUUCAGAAGGGAAAAACCAUCACUUAAUGUGACUGAGAGGAGGAAGCGUGGGUCUUCUACUGCAGAUAAUCUAUAUGUGACAGACUUAGAUUACCAACAUAUUUCAAGUCCAGGAUUCAAUUGGAAUGAUAAGAUAAGUGGUUGUACUAGUGAAACCAAAAGUAAUCUGCAAAGAAAUACACAGUGUUUUCCUGACUUGCCUCCAGAGUCUGCCAGCGACCCUAAUGCACAGCACAUGGAGACAGUGCAGAAGACUGAUGACUGUCAGUUGCAAAAAACUGUGUACGAAAACGCUGACAUGGAUUUAACUGCUAGUGAAGUAAGCAAAAUCAUUACCAUUUCAAAAAGCAAUAAAAAUCAAAGUAAGAAAAAGGCAGAUUGUAGAAAGGAAACUUUUAGAAAAGUGAAAGAUCCAAGCUCUGAAAAAAAGAGAGAAAGAUCAAAGAGAAAAUGUAAAGGUAGUUCAGAAAUGGGUGCUGAAGGAAAAAUGGAAAGCAGACCAGAAAGAGGCUCUGUGGUCCUAGAUGGCAGAGGGGACUCAGAAGAUCCAAAUUGUAUUCCCAGUACUGAACAGUUGCCUCAGGCAACCAUGCUAAAGAAAAUCACCCUCCAGAGCAGCUGGGAUCAAGAGAACAUACAAAGUACAAAGAGGAAGCGAACACAUAGGACAGGUGAGCAAGAGGAAACAGGCUCUUUCUCUCAAUGUGCAGUCAAACUCCUUCAAGAUAGCAAAUUUGAUCAGUGUCAGAAUACCCUACAUUGUAAUAUAAAUAAGCCUUCUCGACAGACAUUUGUAAUUCAUAAAUCAGAAAAAGAUAACUUAUUUCCAAACCAAAAAGAUGAAGAGACCAGUAAUGAAAACUUAGAAGUUGCAAAUGAAUUUCAUAGAGCUAAUAUUUCCACCAAAGAUAAUGAAAAUAUAUGUGACUAUGAGACCCAGACUAUGUUGGACUUGAAAAAGUAUGUCAAUGCUCAGCAAAAUCAAACAAAAGUAAAUAAGCCUAAACAGAAAAUAAAUCGGAGGACAAAAAUAAUUUCUAGUAUGAACCAAAUAUAUGAGGAUAAUGACAAAGAUAUUUGUGUUUUAGAAAAAGAUAACUUUCCCCUCCAAAUCCAAGCAAAUAAAGAGACCACCUAUGGAAAUGUAGAAGCUUCAAAACAAUUUGAAGCACCUCCACUUUUCACAAGAAACAAUGAAAACUUACAUGAUUGUAAGACCCAGAAUAUUCUGGAUUCGCACAAGCAGAUCACUAGUAUAUACCCUGCUCAAAAUGAAUCCCAAAUUAGCAAAAUCCCUAGGAAGAAGGUAAAUCGCAAAACAGAGGUAAUCUCAGUCUCUGUAGUGAAUCAUUUUAGUAAUGACAGAGGUGUUCAUUGUUCAGAAAAGGAUGAGUCUUUCUUACUUGAAAAGGAUAAAGACAUCCCUGAAACCUUGAAAGACUUAAGUAAGUUUGAAAUGCCUGCUUUUUGUAACAAAGAUAGUGAAAAGUUAUGUGAUUAUCAGACUCAAAAGCUCCUGGGGUUGAAAAAGGAUGACCAUAAUGUGCAACCUGCUUGUCACAAUGAUUUAAAAGUAGAUAAGAAGCCUAGACAAAAGGUACAUCGAAAGACAGAAAUCAUUUCUAAAACUAAUCAAAAACAUGAAAAUGAUGGAGAAAGUAUACAUGACCCAUUAAAUAAGAAGCUUUGUCAGGAGGUUAAUAAAUCGGAAAUUGUUUCUCAAAUGAACCGAAUACAUGAGAAUAGUAAUGAAGAUAUGAAUGGCUUUAAAAGCUUUAUCAAAGACCAAGAUGUUAUGAGUUACUGUGGAGAAAUCAAUGGUAAUAAAGAGGAAAACUGUGAUCCAAUUCCAGAUGCUUGUGUACUAGUUAAAAAACACAGGAAAAAAUUACCAGGUGGAGCCAAAAAUAUAUUGACAGGUGAUAAGAGCAGACAUAUUUUGCAGUUAACAGAUUCUUCACAGAAGUCUGUCACCUUAGAAUCUGGAGUACACCAUGACAAUAAGCAAACAGAUUCUGGUCUUGGAGAACCAACUAACCUGCCAAAGAGCCAGAAGCAAAGCACUGUGAGCACGCUGGAAGAUGCCUUCUCUAUGGGUGUGGUAAAAGGAGAAAGCUGCCCAGCCAAAAAAAUUAAUAAAUUGACAUCCAAAUCAAAGAAAAGAAAGACCUCCCUAGAUCUUUCUUCAGAUACCCAUGGGGUGGUGGAGAUAACACCCAACACUGACCACACACAACAAAUUGAUAAGGAAAACUAUUUGGAGAAUGAGAAAAUUACCAAGAGUAAAUCAGACUUUUGCACAAAGGUAUUAAAACCUUUAUCUCAGAUAUGUUCAUCUAACAUAAAGAAUUCUUCCUUGGAUCACGUGUGUGAGAAUUCAGUACCUUUGAGUAUUUCUUCCAGUAAAAAUCUGAUGAUGGAGGAAAAUUCUUCCCUGGAGAGUACAUGCAUCUUUCAAGCAGGUGAUGAUGCUCGUGAAAAGAUGAAGGAGAGAACUCAUAAAAGCUGUCGCAGAACACAAAUGUUGGGAAUAGAUAGAGGAACAUCCCAGGACUUGGUGGAUAGCAGUUCUGUUUUGAGUAACACUGCUAACUCUGAAAAUGCGUCCGAAGAGCAGUCUGCGCAGCUGAUGAGAAGGAAAAGACAGUGUGCCCCUCUCAACCUGAGAGAGCCGAACCUCGUAAGCAAAAUGAGAAGAUGAAGUAGACAAUGGAUCUUAGUUUCUCAGUUCUCAAAGCACAAAUCAGAAGAGAAACGUAACUAGGACCAAGACAUGAAACAUGAAGAAUAUUCUGUUUGGUUUUCACAUGAAGAAGAGUUCUGUUGUUUUCUUUUUUUUUCAUUUUGGGGGAGCUUUCAUGGAUUAUUGCUUUGUCUAUUCUUACAUUGAGGUAUAUGUGCAUAAAAUAGCUAUAUUUCAAAUAGCAAACUUUUUUUUAAAAAGCAUUGGUCAUCACAUACCUUGUUAAUUUAAAUUUCUAUCAAGUAUUAUUUAACCAUUCAACUAUUUUCCUUUUAAACAAAUAAAUACUUCUGCACUGGU